GGGGAAGUUUUUUAGGGCCGUUUGAAAGGAGAGGGCUUCUCUUCUGCAGGUGGUGAGGGGACGUGCCUCGCUGCGGGCAGCUACAAAAAGCCCAGUGAAGCAAUCCCUGCUGAGGGAAAAGAAACCCCCAAGCCCAACCAGCCAAAAUCCAAGGUUACCAAGUCUCUACUGAAACCAAGAGGAAGAGAUCCUGUUCCCCAGCCUGAGAAGCAGCAGGGAAGAGGUAAGGUUUAUUACAGAGUAUGAAAAUCAGGAAGCUUUUUGUUCACUUCAUACAUCUCUUCCAACAAAGCCAGACAUCAGAACCCAGCACAGACUCCAGAGUGAUUAUUGUUACACAUGAUCUAUGGAGCAGAUAAAUUACAGCUUGAUUUUUAUAAGCCAAAAUAGGAGCCGAAGCCCCGGGAAGCGGUGGGGUAUAGCUGUGAAUCCUAGCAACAGGCGGAGAGAGAACUGUACGUUUCUUCACGUCCUCCAAGUGUUGGUGCCUUCUGCAGAUCCUCUCAGUGAUGCACAGGACAGCAGAUGUGAUCUACUUGGGGGAUGUGAAGACACCUGGCACGGGAUCCGCAACCCGAUCGGAUGGGAUGGGACAGCAUCCGCCAAAGCCCCGAUGCAGGGUGGAAUGACAAUUCCAGGCACCACUGGAGCGGGGCUCUCUGGGACCACUGGUGUAUUUGCCCUCUACAUUUGUAACAACAAAUCAACUUAUAUUUGUGAUUCUCUGAGAAGGAAAUCAUUCAAGCAGUCUGUUGCAUGGGAGCUGUCGGCCAUGCUGUUCCAGUUCAGGGGCUCCUGCAACAGAAAAGAUCAGCUGUUGGAGAACCCAUGGAAAGCCCUGGGGGAGAGCCAUGGCCGCAAGGACGGAGGCCAGAUCCUCUGCACGCAGCAUGGCUCAGGGAGGGCUGGGAUGGAGGCAAGGCAGGGAAAUGCUCCUCUUCUGGUGCUGGAAAAGCCACGCCGGCCCAGCAGGGAUGCCUGGGAGCCCAGGGGCAAGAAGAACAUCAAAGAAAUUGUUUCAUUUGUACCGCGGUUUUCUUCAGCUUUCAUGCCAGGACACGCGCAGGAUGUGCCGGGCUUAAACGAAGGAGGGAAAGCUCUUUAUUUGGGCAGAAGCCGGGACUCGGAGCGCAUUUUCAUCCUGUAGCAGCUAUUCCAUUGCGGGCAGACACGGAGACAUCACCGCUUCCAAGCGCUUUUAGUCGCUGCUGCUCAUCCUCCCCCCCACCAGCAUCCAGUUUUGCCACCCCCCCACCCCCCCAAAAAAGUGCCCGGCCUGGGAUUGCCCCUCCUGCCCCAUCCGCAGUGUCCCACUCUGCCACGGGGUCUUGGUAGCCCGCUGGGGUCUUGGUAGCCCGGUGGCAACCGGCUCCUGUGCUCCAGCGAGCGGUCUCCCCCUCUUUCUCACCCAAAAUGGGGUGCCUGUCAGCACCCCACCCCCCAAAGCUUCCCGUUGCCUGAUUAGGAUUCACCUCGCAUCCAGACGGAGGAGGGCAUACGUAUCCCGGCAUGCACCCGCCCAAAAUUGCAGACCAUUGCUCGUUCUGCAGCGGCCAUCUGGUUGGAAAACAACAGGCCAAACAGUUUCAGCAUCACGUCAUGUAUCCAGCCAGCGAGGAGAAAGUGAAGGGGGGGGGGGGAUGCAGAAAUGCCAGGGAGAAGGAAGGUGGUCGGCGUGGAUGGAUGCGCGGGAGCGAAAGAGCGGGGAGCAACGGUUCCAGCGAGGCCACGGCCGUGUGCCGCAGAUCCCGACCCCUCCGUGCCGGGAUGUCCGGUCCCACCCGGAGGAUUCUGCUGGGGGAACGGUCCCUGCUCCCAUCGCGCACCGCAGAGAAGCAUCACGGUUUGCAAGGAUUUCCCCCUCAUAAAUUAGUAUCUUCCAGCUGUUUCCUUCCACAUAAAAUCUCUUCUAUUUCUUCUCUUAUUGCUUUAUAUAAACAAACAUGAGAGCGACUCGUUCUAAAUAAAGUUAUUUGUCUACGUAAAUUAAUAUA